UUCCAUCCCCUCUAUUUCUUUUGUUUCUCUGUCUCUGUCUGUUUAUGUUUAUGCGCUAAAAAUAAAAAAGAAAAAAGAAAAGUUUUGUGCAUUGGAGCUUUGUGUGAACUCUUUUCCAUUCUGAUGGCCACGAAAAUUUUCUUUAUGCAAUGAAUCUAACACCCACCAAAAACUCUCCGGUGUCACCUCGUCGCCGCGGCGGCCGGCGGCCAAACUUCGGUGUUCCGUUGACUCCUCUGCUUCGGUGGAAGCUAGAGGACCGCCAUGGAUCUCGAGGAGGCCGUAAUCGAGUUCAAUUUGAGGCCAGAAAGCUCGCCGCCGACCUCUGGCAACUCCAUUACAAGGAAAUUUUAGACGGCGGUCGGAGAGAUUCUCAGGGAGAAGUAAGGGAUGGGCGUCGUGAUCAGAGGCGUCGUCGUUUUGAUUCCUCGAAUAAAGGAAUGAAGAUGAAGGCGGCAGCAGCAGCAACAGAAAAUUGGAACCCUGAAACCCCAAUGGCAGCUGAUGCGGUGGCGUUGGGUAGACUUUACAGCCACCGUGGCUGCGGAGAGGAACCGUUCACGGCGGCGUCCGCCGCUUCCGAUCUGAAAGAAGAGCUGGCAGUGGCGCAAACCCGCAUCCGGAAGCUGGAAUCCCGGCAGCGAAACUACAAGAAAAAAAUCGAGCACUUAAAAGUAGUGCUAGAAGAAAACAGAGCCAUGCGGAAGAAUCGAAGGCACUUGAAACUCGAGGAAUCAGACCACGAAAGAAAAACCCAUUACAGAACCGAAAUUCUCAAGGCCAAUUUGACAAAAGAGCUGGCCGAAGCCAAAGCGAGGGUCGAGAAAUACAAGCAAGAAUACGAGAAAGAAAAGAAAAACAGAGAGUUAUUGGAGGAGGUCUGUACAGAGAUGGCGAAACAAAUUGUGGGAGACAAAGCAAAAGUGGAAGCUUUGAAAAGGGAAUCAAUGAAAUUGUGUGAAGAAUUGGAGGAAGAGAGAAACAUGUUGCAAAUGGCAGAGGUUUGGCGAGAAGAAAGAAUUCAAAUGAAGCUGAUUGAUGCAAAAUUGGCUCUGGAAGAUAAAUACAUCCAAAUGAAUAAACUCAUCACUGAUCUUGAGAAUUUUCUGAUGUCAAGGAGUGAGAAAUUGGAUGAGAUGGAGAUAAAGAGAGGUGAAUUGAUUCAUGAAGCUGCUAAAUCGCUAGACAUUGAAGAAAUUGAGGGGUUCUUUUACAAGCCGCAAACACAGAGUAUUGUUCUGUCUCUGCUUGAAGAUUUGAAGGAAGUGAGCAAAUUGGAGGAGAAAUGUGAAGAGAUUAAUAACUCAGUUGAAAACGAGUGUGUUUCUGAAAGAAAAAUAGAAAGCUUGGAGAACCCAUUUGAUGAUUCUUCGAAGAAGAAGGUUAAUGGGAGUAGUGGAAGGUAUUCGAAUAGGACAGAGUCGAGUGAAGGUGGCGAGUUGAAGGGGUCUAAUGAUUCGGUGAGUCGAAGGAAGUCGCAGAACCCACAUAUUAGAAGAGGAACACAUGGAUGCAUUGAAUGGCCAAGAGGGAUUCAGAAAAAUUGCUUCAAGAUCAAGUCUUUGGAUGCUAGGAUUCAAAGCCAAAAAUCUCAGCUGCGCUAUAUUCUUAAACAUAAAACGAACUGAAUGUUGCAUGUUUUCCUUUUCAGCUACCCAUAAAUCAAAGGAUCAAUUUCUUUAAUUAAUCCCCUUUAAUCUUUAUUCAUUUUUAGUUUAUUGAACCCAAUCCAAUCAAACUAUGUUAGUGUUAGU